AGGCGGUCCUCCUCCCGUCUCCUCCUCCGCGGUGUUCCUCGGCGCGCGCUGGGCGGACCCCGCGGCUGGCGAGCGAGGCGUCUGGCGGGCUACGGCUACGGGCACGCUCAACGCAGCGCGCGGCGCGCGUGGCCCCACGGGCAUGGGCUGGCUCGUCGGCUCGUUCCCCUUCAGCGCCGUCUUUGCCGUCGGCGGAUCGCGGAAGGGCUGCAGCCUUCCGCCGAUUUCCGGAGCCGAUGUCUCGCAGUCAACAAGGGGAUGGAGCUACGUGCCGCUCUGGACGAGGUGGUGGGCGAGCGCCACUGGGUGCUCGCGGCCUCGCGGCCCAUGCUCGCGCCUCACGAUUGGACGGAGGCCAGGCAAAUCAAGCGGGACCGCGAUUCCGCCGUGCACGACCCAGCCCACUCUUUGCUGGAGGCUCCGCUGGGGGUGUUGCGGCCGAUGCCUUCCGGCCUAGGGGCCUAGCACAGUGCCCAGGUGAAGCGCCUCUUGUCGGUGCAGGCGCAGCAGAUUCACAAGUACGUCGUGAUCCAGGUUCCUGCUGACAGCUUCGUUGACCACUCGUUGCUGGCUUCGUUCCUGCUCUCAGCUUCGCCCCCGGGUUUUGGGACCCCAACGACGAGCACGCGGAGGAGCAGGGCGAGGUGAGCUUCGCGAAUAUCGAGUCGGCCGACGCGUUGGUGAAGGAGAUGCAGUGGCAGUUUCACGCCGUGGGAUCCCACCCACCCACGGCGCAUGGCUCGGUGGGCGGGUCUGGCAGUGCGGCGGCGUGCCUGGCCGAGUUCAUUCGUGACGACCUGCACGUGGACGGCGACGGGGAGUCCUCCCAGAGUUCUCUCGGGAGCUCCAGCCCGAGGGCGGCGCAGAGGCUGGCCAACCUUCCCAACAACACCGCCUUGAAGCUCUUCCGCGACAUGAAUCGCCGCCCUCGUCGCCGUGUGCAUCCAAUUGCUACCGCUGGGCCCAUCGUGGAGAUCGGAGCCCCGCGGGCUCAAGAUCCAGAGUGGCAGCAGCAGCAGUGAGCACCAUCAACAUGAAGUUCAAGUGCUCUAUUCGAGGGUGCCUGUUUGCGACGCAUCGUCGCCUUCAGGAGGACCUGCUCUUCCGUGGCCGAUUUCUGCGGCGUCCUCGGCUCCGUGGGCCGCUCGUUCGUGGUGCACGUGGGUUCCGUGUACGUCUGUUACGUGGUGUACGUGGGCACGGGAGGUCGGGCAGAGGAGCGCAACGGUAACAAAAAAGGCCUCCGCCUGUUAUAAGGCCGCCUCU